AAAAGAUUUUAUUUUAUUGCUUGAAUUCCAGUAGUGUUUGUGAUAAGACAUCAUAAAGGCAGAUGAAAGGUCUAGCUCUGUACACACUACUACCCAUUGUCGUCCUGACUUCAGUUCUCUUGGUUCCGGCUUGUGCUACAAAGUCCAACAAAAUGGCAUCACAGAAAACAAAAUGGGCCGAGCUGGUAGGGAAGACAGGAGAAGAAGCAAAGGCAGUCAUUUUGCAGGAAAGACCAGGAUUAACUGUUCAAAUUCUUUCUGAAGACUCCAUGAUGACCAUGGAUUUUCGUGAGGACCGUGUCCGUAUUAUUGUAGAUAGUGCAGGAAAGGUGGUGAAAGCGCCCUCUAUUGGUUGAUUAUUGUCAAGCCAUGCCAUCUACUUAGUUGGAGAGUCAUUCCAUGCCUAUUAUCAUUUUUUUUGGGGGGGGGGGUAAAAUUUGAUGAUUAUGACUCUAUGCAAUGAUUGUAAAUUGGAACAAACAAAGAUUCAAGUAUUACAAAUUGAAACACUGAUACUCAAGCAAGUGAGAAACAAUUUCCCAAAGCCAAAUCCUUACAAAUAACAUUUUUAAUGGUCCAUUCUCCAGUGAUCAUAUGCUAAUGUUUUUCCAGUGUGCUGACUUAAUGAAUUGAUAUCCUCUGGCUUAAACAUGAAUAUCAAUCAAACAACGUUGAGAAUACAGUAUGAUGUUUUGAUCAGUAAUUCUGUGAUGCAAACCUGAAAUACAUGUACAUCUUCUCUGAUAAUGGCAUUAGUACAAUUAUACCAACAAAAUUUAGCAUCAAAAACAGUUUUAGCUCAGUCAUGGGGGGGGGGGGCUUAUUAACAAGUUUAUGUAUUUAUGCUAGUGUUAUGCAUGGUAUGAUACUAUGACAGCAUUGCUCAUUGGAUUAGAAUUUUCAGUUUGUUCACGGACAUCGAUUGAAUCUUGAUGACUAUAGUAUAUGAUUGUAAAACUUGUAAAAUUUAGAAGAAUCGUCAGUGGCUUUUAUUUUUGUUUAAAAUGCUAACCAAAUGAGUUAACAGUACUGUAGAUUAGCCUAAUUCAGGAUGUUUGUAGAAUAUUGCAGAAGUUUUAAUUAUGACCAUUGGUGCCUCAUAUUUCUCCUGGUCUUCAAAGCUCACGAUUUAGAGAAGUUAUGAAUCACUGUGAUAUGAUAGUUAUUUCAUUUCAUGUCUAUUUUGAACAAUGAAUUAUGGAUGGAUGGAUGGAUAUUCUGUGAUCUUUAUAUAAUGAUUAAAAGAUAUAAUUA